AUGCUAGAUGAUGAAAAACCUAUACGAGUGGAGGUAUUCUUUGAAAGGCUGCCGGCCCAGGGAGAGACUUCUGCUGAGAGAGAGAACACUUGCAGAGAGAGAGAAAAGACGAACGAAAACGAUGGAGAAGACAGCCUUAGUGAUGACGAACCACUCACCACGCAUCAAUCUUCGAAACCGACAAAGUUUUCGUGUGAUCUCUGCCCGAAACAAUUCAAGUACCAAACUGCCUUAGAAAGCCACAAGAAGAAACAUACCCAAGGACCAACGUACAAGUGUUAUAUCUGCGAGAAUAAAUUCGCAACUAGCAAAAUAUUGACAAGACACAUAGCGAAAAGCCACGCCGAUGGCAACACGUUCCCCUGCACUUUAUGUACCGAUGUAUUCGACGCAGCCACCGUACUAAAGAACCAUUUAAACGCACACUUCAAAAAAACCGAAUUCAAGUGUGAAAUCUGCGGAAAAGACUUUAAGAGAAAACAUGGAUUAAACGAACACAUGCUCGUGCAUACGAAGGUGAAAAAGUACUCGUGCGAAAUUUGCAAUAAGAGUUUUGGACACAGCCAGACGUUGAAAUCGCAUGAACGCACUCACACGGGUGAAAGGCCGUACGUGUGCGAUAUCUGCGGGCGCGGAUAUCCGCAGAGCGCUCAUUUAAGGCGCCACAUAUUUAUCAUUCACAGUGGUAUUAAGCCGCACGCUUGUACUAUUUGUAAAAAGAAGUUUUCUAGUAAAGGAUACUUAUCGAUACAUCAAAGAACGCAUACAGGAGAGAAACCUUUUUCUUGCGAUGUGUGUAAGAAACCGUUUGCGGCGCAGACAACGUUGAGAGUGCACAUGCGUGUACACACAGGCGAAAAACCAUACGCGUGCGCUAUGUGCGGUCGUCAGUUCGCACAGUUCGCCAGCUUCAAACUUCACGAGAGAUCGCACACGGGGGAAAAGCCGUUUGCGUGUAAAAUAUGUAAAAAGACGUUUUCGGAUAAGGGCUACUUACGGAUACAUAUGCGGACGCAUACAGGUGAAAAGCCAUACACAUGCGAUGUUUGCAAUAGACAAUUUAGGGAGUCGGGGCAGUUGAAAAAGCAUACGCAAGUGCACACGGGAGAAAAAGUUACAUGUAAAAUUUGUAACAAACAAAUAUCAAGAGAUCUAACCAAACAUAUGCGUGUACAUUCGGGUGAGAGACCAUACAGUUGUAAUAUGUGCGAUAAACAGUUUGCGGUGAGUGGCAACUUGAGGACUCACAUGAGAACGCAUACUGGGGAGAAGCCGUAUGAGUGUGAACUGUGUCAUACACAGUUCAGUCAGAGCGGGACGCUGAAGAGGCACAGAUGCUCACGUCUGGAUAAGGUUGAAGAUGACAAUGUGUAGUGUUUGUAAAAAUGAAUGUUAUAAGCCCCGUAAAGUGCUAUAGUGCCUGAAGUUUUGUCGAAGUAAUAUGCAAUUUACACCCUGAAUAAGUGCAUUCGGUGAAUUAUCAGUGUCAAGCGAAAUAGUCUUUUACGGGGCUUAUUCUAUCAUGUUAUUGUUGGAGCAAAUUUUAAUCACCAUUUGUUACAAAUUGUUCUCACCAUGGCAAUAUUAGUAAGCAAUAUUUAUCUACGCAAUAAGUCUAAAUAUAAUGCCUAACUCUUGUUAGGUUUAGCGAAAGACGCGGAAUGGUAAAAGUAUAGUUAUCUUGUCACUGUUCUAUAGUGAUACACCUGAAUACUUUUUAGGUUGGCUGGUAGAAACUGCUCUUAGCAUUAAGUCCACCUUUUGAACACAUAUCUUAUAUUUGAGCAAUAAAUUAUUGAAUUAAAUACAUAUCAAAAUCCUAGUUUCCAACCAUUAUUAACGGUAUUUUAGUUGUUUUUAUAUGGCAUGUUACAAGUGUUUCGACGCACCAAAUAUUAAAAGGCACAAAAAUCUAAAAUAAAUCAUGUUAAAUUAAUAAUCAUGUCAUUUAUAAUAGAACUACUUCUUAGCUGUUUCUGUAGAUAAUUUGUAGGUACAAAUAGUGAGUAAGUGAUAAUAAAUGAUACGUGAUAUUUUAGAUGU